GAAUUAUAAUCUGCUCCAACCAUCACCAGAGCAGAAUUUAAUGCACAUAAAGACACAGAAGAGAGAAAUGUGUUUAUGAAGCCUUCUCAAUAUAUAGAGACAGAGAAGGUUAUGAGUUCCUUAAUUAAUACUGAUUUCAAAUCUCUCUUCUUUCAAAUCUAUGAGUUCUUUUUCUGCUAAAGAAGAGACCGACAUGGAUGAAGAUGUGGAGAAGAAGAAGAAGAAGCAAGAAGAACAAAAGAAGCAACAGAAAGUUCCAUUGCUAAAGCUUUUUGCAUUUGCAGAUUUUUAUGACUAUGUACUGAUGGGGUUAGGAUCUAUUGGUGCUUGCGUUCAUGGAGCUUCAGUGCCUGUGUUUUUCAUUUUUUUUGGCAAAUUGAUUAACAUUAUUGGAUUGGCUUAUCUCUUUCCCCAACAAGCUUCUCACAGAGUUGCGAAGUACUCUUUGGAUUUUGUAUAUCUCAGUAUUGCUAUAUUAUUUUCAUCAUGGAUAGAAGUGGCUUGUUGGAUGCAUACCGGAGAACGGCAGGCGGCAAAGAUGAGAAUGGCGUACUUAAGGUCAAUGUUAAAUCAAGAUAUCAGUUUAUUUGACACUGAAGCCUCUACAGGAGAAGUCAUUUCUGCCAUUACUAGUGAUAUUAUUGUGGUUCAAGAUGCUAUUUCUGAAAAGGUAGGGAACUUCAUGCACUAUAUAAGCCGAUUUCUAGCAGGGUUUACGAUUGGGUUUGUUAGAGUGUGGCAAAUCAGUUUGGUGACAUUGUCCAUAGUGCCCUUAAUUGCUCUUGCUGGUGGUUGCUAUGCUUACGUCACCAUCGGCCUUAUUUCUAGAGUUCGCAAAUCUUAUGUCAAAGCUGGUGAAAUCGCUGAGGAGGUGAUUGGAAAUGUUAGAACAGUACAGGCAUUUGCAGGAGAAGAGAGAGCAGUAGCAUCAUAUAGAGAUGCUCUUAGGAAUACUUACAAAUAUGGAAAAAAGGCUGGUCUAGCCAAGGGUCUAGGACUAGGGACCUUGCACUGUGUCCUUUUUCUGUCAUGGUCAUUGCUUGUUUGGUUCACUAGCAUUGUUGUUCAUAAGAAGAUCGCCAAUGGUGGUGAGUCUUUCACCACCAUGCUCAAUGUUGUUAUUGCUGGCCUGUCACUUGGACAGGCAGCUCCAGAUAUUGCUGCAUUUGUCCGAGCAAUGGCAGCAGCUUACCCCAUUUUUGAAAUGAUAGAAAGGAACACAGUAGCAAAAACCAGCUCAAAAACUGGCCGAGUGCUAGAUAAAUUGGAGGGCCACAUAGAACUCAGGGAUGUGUGUUUUAGCUACCCAUCUCGUCCUGAUGUAAUGAUCUUUGAUAAACUCUGCCUUGAUAUUCCUUCUGGGAAGAUUGUAGCUCUUGUUGGAGGCAGUGGAUCUGGAAAGAGCACGGUUAUAUCUUUGAUUGAACGCUUCUAUGAGCCUUUAUCGGGACAGAUACUAUUAGAUGGAAAUGAUAUCAAGCACCUUGACCUGAAGUGGCUUAGACAGCAAAUUGGGCUAGUUAAUCAGGAACCUGCUCUUUUUGCCACAAGCAUACGGGAGAACAUUCUUUAUGGAAAAGAUAAUGCAACCCUUGAUGAGAUAACAAAUGCUGCUAAACUCUCAGAAGCUAUUUCUUUUAUCAACAAUCUCCCUGACAGAUUUGAAACUCAGGUUGGUGAGAGGGGAAUACAACUAUCAGGUGGACAAAAGCAAAGGAUUGCAAUAUCACGUGCUAUAGUGAAGAAUCCAUCUAUUCUUUUGCUAGAUGAGGCUACAAGUGCACUUGAUGCUGAGUCUGAGAAGAGUGUGCAAGAGGCACUUGAUCGUGCCAUGGUGGGAAGAACAACUGUAGUUGUUGCCCACCGCCUUUCUACCAUUAGAAAUGCAGAUGUGAUUGCUGUUGUUCAAGAAGGGAAUAUAGUGGAAAUAGGAAGUCAUGAGGAGCUCAUCUCUAACCCCAAUAGUGCAUAUGGAUCACUUAUUCAUCUACAGGAGACGGCAUCUUUGCAGCGCCAGUCUUCUGUUGGUCCUACAAUGGGACUUCCACUCAGCAUACGGUACUCUCGAGAAUUAUCCUACAAAAGAUCAAGUUUUGGUACAAGCUUUCGUUCUGAAAAGGAUUCAGUCAGUCGUGUGGGUGCCGAUGCAAUGGAGCCUAUGAAGCCAAGACAGGUUUCAGCAAAAAGACUUUAUGCAAUGAUAGGCCCUGAUUGGAUUUAUGGGUUAGUGGGUACCACUUGUGCAUUUAUUGCUGGAUCGCAGAUGCCACUUUUUGCACUUGGGGUAUCUCAAGCUCUCGUUGCCUAUUACAUGGACUGGGACACUACUCGUCACGAGGUCAAAAAGAUUUCAAUCUUGUUCUGUGCUGGUUCAGUAAUUACUGUUAUUGUCUAUGCCAUUGAACAUCUCUGCUUUGGAAUCAUGGGGGAGCGACUGACUUUUCGUGUGAGAGAAAAGAUGUUUUCUGCCAUUUUGAAGAAUGAGAUUGGAUGGUUUGAUGACUUGAAUAACACAAGUUCUAUGCUGGCAUCACGUCUAGAGAGUGAUGCAACCUUGUUACGAACUAUAGUCGUUGAUCGCUCAACAAUUCUCUUACAGAAUGUGGGUCUUGUUGUCACCUCAUUUGUAAUCGCUUUCACCUUAAACUGGAGAAUCACACUAGUUGUAAUAGCCACUUAUCCACUGAUCAUAAGUGGCCACAUCAGUGAGAAACUCUUCAUGAAAGGCUAUGGUGGAAACUUGAGCAAAGCAUAUUUAAAGGCUAACAUGCUAGCUGGUGAGGCUGUGAGCAACAUCCGCACUGUUGCUGCCUUUUGUGCUGAAGAGAAGGUCCUUGACCUUUAUGGCCGUGAGCUUGUGGAUCCCUCCAAGCGCUCAUUGGUUCGUGGUCAAAUUGCCGGUAUAUUCUAUGGUGUAUCCCAGUUCUUCAUCUUCUCAUCUUAUGGGCUUGCCUUGUGGUAUGGUUCUGUUUUGAUGGGGAAGGAGCUUGCUGGCUUUAAAUCUGUCAUGAAGUCAUUUAUGGUUUUAAUUGUAACUGCAUUAGCCAUGGGCGAAACUCUCGCAAUGGCCCCAGAUCUUUUGAAAGGGAACCAAAUGGUGGCAUCUGUCUUUGAGCUGCUGGACCGCAAGACACAUAUAACUGGGGAUAUUGGAGAAGAGUUGAAAAAUGUGGAGGGUACUAUUGAACUAAGAGGUAUAGAGUUCAGCUAUCCAUCAAGGCCAGAUGUGUUAAUCUUCAAGGACUUUGAUCUACGAGUGCGUUCAGGCAAGACUGUUGCUUUAGUUGGGCAAAGUGGUUCUGGUAAAAGCUCUGUUCUUGCUCUUAUAUUAAGAUUCUAUGAUCCAACGGCAGGAAAAGUGAUUAUUGAUGGCAUAGAUAUCAAGAAACUGAAGCUAAAAUCUCUAAGAAAGCACAUUGGCCUAGUUCAACAAGAGCCAGCACUUUUUGCAACAUCAAUCUAUGAAAACAUCUUAUAUGGGAAAGAAGGAGCCUUUGAAGCAGAAGUGAUUGAAGCUGCCAAACUUGCAAAUGCUCAUAGUUUCAUUAGUUCUCUUCCAGAGGGUUACUCGACGAAAGUCGGUGAGCGAGGGGUGCAACUAUCUGGUGGGCAGAAGCAAAGAGUGGCUAUUGCUAGAGCAGUUCUAAAGAACCCAGAAAUAUUACUAUUAGAUGAAGCAACUAGUGCUUUAGAUGUGGAGUCGGAGCGAGUUGUGCAGCAAGCUAUAGAUCGAUUGAUGAGGAACCGAACAACGAUCAUGGUGGCACAUAGGUUAUCCACUAUAAAGAAUGCAGAUCAAAUAUCAGUCAUACAAGAUGGAAAAAUAAUAGAGCAAGGGACUCAUUCUAGUCUCCUGGAGAACAUAGAUGGAGCUUACUUUAAGUUGAUAAGCCUUCAGCAGCAACAAGGACAUUCACAACACUAAAGAUAUAUUAUUAUUAAUUACUAUUAUUUUUAAUUCAACAGAUAUAUUUGACUUCAUAUGACUUGAAAUUUGUUUUUGAUGUAAAGAUAAACUGGGAUAUUAGUAAGUGACACAUAUAUGUUGAUAAUGAGGAAGCUGUACAAUCACACUUCGGAAUUCAAUUCCUGCUUAAUUUGUGUAACAGAAACUAGUACAUGUCUUCUUUGUACCAGCAAAGUACUUGCAUGCCCUUGGAAAUGGAUGUCACCAACUUGAAGUUGUUUGAAAA